AUGUAUCCUCAAAAUUCAUCAACAUUAGUGGCCAUUGGAUGGGGAACAUUGUAUUUUCACGCGAAUUUUAUUCCAGAUCAAUUGCAACAAGUUACUGUCAAUCAAGUAUCUUCCGAUGCUGAUACGUGUUCUAUUACAAUUCAUCAUCCAGAUUUACAAUUUUGUGCUGGAGUCAAUAGUGGCGGUAAAGGUAAUAUUUCCUUUAAAAAUGGUUUGAAACACACUUGCCAAGGUGAUUCUGGUGGUCCUCUCAUGCAUUUUGAGAGUACACAGCGUCGAUGGAUGCUUGCUGGUAUUACAAGCUACGGUAAGGGUUGCGCAAAUCCAUUCUAUUCUGGUGUAUACACUCGCGUAGCUGCUUACACUAAUUGGCUAAAAAGCCAUAUUGUGAACGAUGGUCUGGUUGAAGUUGACGUUUCAGAUUCAGGUGUAAAGCCAACAAUUACAACUAUUAUUACAACUCCCAUCCGUACAAUAUCAUCGACGACUCAAACAGCAACAGUAACAGCAUCAUUUCCAAUGUCUAAUGAUUCACCGUUGACAAUUACUUCAUAUGGUUUUACUUUUCUCUUUGUCCUUGUAACAUUUCAUCAUCACUUUUGA